AUUCUCUUUCCAUAAACAAGCCCAAGAAGAACAAAAUCGACGAAAUCCACCCUUAGAUGAAGUUAAUCACAAACAAUCGACAGCAAGAUCCAUCGCUGGCAAAACACGUGUACGUUAAUGAUGUAGGUAACCGUGUCGUGUGAUAAAGCAGUUGUAGUCUAACAAUUCUGAUAAUUCUUUUUCACGAGGAAAGAUCCGGUGCUCCUCACUCACAAAGCAACAAUUAACUCUCUCUCCCUCUCGUUCUGUUCGCCGGUAAAUUCAUCAUAAAAUCCUCGCUUUUUUCCGGUGGCGAAGCAAGGGGAAGCUUUGAAUUAGGGUGAUCUAAGCAGAGAUUAUAUGCUUUGAUUGAGAAUUAGAGGAGGAGAAGAAGAAGAAAAGGGAAGUGUGUCAUCUCCAGUUGAAGUAGUGGGAAGCUGGAAAGAAAUGUCUUUUCAGAAUAAGAGUUUUUGGAUGGCAAAGGGUCCUCCACAUGUGUCUGAUGGAGAUGUAGCAUUCGAUAAUCCUUCAAGAAUCGAACCCAAGCGAUCACAUGGUUGGUUUGUUGAUGCUGAGUCGCAGCUGUUCCCUAACAAGAAGCAAGCUGUACAAGCUGCAAACAACAAAUCAAGUUCAGGAAUUUCUAAUUCAAAUGUUUCGCCUUGGGAAAAUGUUUCCAGUUUUCAGUCUGUUCCUAGCCAUUUUAUUGAUCGGUUGUUUGGUUCCGAAUCUGAAAGGUCUGUCAGUUUCACUGAAAGGAACAUAUCUCCCAUAGAAGCAGAUAACAUCAGACGAAAAGGCAUUGAAGAUCAUUUUGGUGAAGAUGCAUCUUUUGGUUUGUCGAUAUCUCCUUCAAUUGAAGAUCCUGAAGCAUGCUUUAAUUAUGGUGGAAUUAGGAAAGUUAAGGUCAAUCAAGUUAAGGACUCCGAUUCUGGUAUGCAUGAUCCAAAGGAACUUAGUUUUAGUAGGGAAAGUAACAGUGACAUGUCUAAUAUUGAGGCGUAUAAUGGGGAAAAUGAAAAUAGUUUCAUUUCAAUGGGGCAUAGCUAUGAUAAGCAGUGUGAUAAUGUUGCAGUAAUGAGUCAUACCUAUAACAGGGAUGAUAUGCGUAUCACCACUCCUGCCUACAGUAAGGAUAAUGAAAUUCCAAUAUCAAUGGCCAACAGUUAUGUUAAAGAGGAUGCCAAUAUUCUUUCUUUCGAUGGCUUUCAUGAAGAACAUGAGAUUAUCCCUGUGGGCAGGCCUCUUGGUAGCUUUGACCCAUCAUACUGUCAAUCUGCCAAUCCAACACUGGAAGACAGUUCCGGAAAACAGCUGGACACAUCAGCUGCUAGUUCCAUUCCAAGUGCAACUCAAACUGCUAAACUAAGAUCUGAAUCUGCUGCAAGGACUAAGCCAGAGUUCAAAUCAUCAAAGAAAGACGCCCCAAACAGCUUCCCUUCAAAUGUCAGAAGUUUGAUAUCGACUGGUAUGCUUGAUGGUGUACCUGUGAAGUACGUAUCCUUGUCACGGGAGGAGCUUUGUGGAGUUAUAAAAGGUUCUGGCUAUCUUUGCGGAUGCCAAUCAUGUAACUUUUCCAAGGUGUUGAAUGCAUAUGAGUUUGAGCGCCAUGCUGGUUGCAAAACCAAGCAUCCGAACAAUCACAUUUACUUUGAGAAUGGAAAGACCAUCUAUCAAAUAGUACAAGAACUGAGGAGCACACCUGAGAGCCUGUUGUUCGAUACAAUUCAAACCGUUUUUGGUGCACCGAUUAAUCAGAAAUCUUUUCGCAUUUGGAAAGAAUCAUUUCAAGCAGCAACUCGCGAACUACAGCGCAUUUAUGGGAAAGAAGAAUUAAACCUAUAGGUUGUUAUUUUCCAAACAGGGCCCUCUCUACAUGUAAGAUAAAGCAACAAUCUCUUUGGUGAAUCAUCAUGUGCAUAGAAAAAUAAACUAAUUUAAGACUAGUGUAUUUUAUGAGAGUGUUUGGGUAGACAUGUAAGUGUAAAUAAGAAUGCAAGUGGAGCUUAGAUGCUCAUGUAUUUAGGUUUUACGUAUAUGGUGUUAUUGGGAUUGCAUCAUAUCAGUUUCUCUGCCUAAUUUAGAGUAACUGAAUCUAAGAGAGAAAAUUUAAGUUGUAUGGAAGUAACGAUUCAGCCGAAUUUAUUCUGCUUAGUUUUCAA